UCUCAAGUUAACUCCAUAUCUAUUCACCGGUACAAUAUGGCGCCAACUACUGUUAGGAAAUUCGAAUCGGAGGAACAAGUAUCGGUCGCUCUUGCGAGCUAUAUCCACCAUCUCUCGGCUAAAUUCAUCAGCGCUUAUGGCACUUUCUCGGUCGUGCUCUCUGGCGGUACUCUAAUCGAUACUCUCAGGAAAUUAACGGAGCCUCCGUACAUUAGCUCAAUUGAUUGGUCGAAAUGGUUGAUCUUCUUCCUUGAUGAACGAGUUGUUCCUCUCGAUCAUCCUGAUUCCAAUUACAAACUCGCUUACGACGGAUUUCUCAGUAAGGUACCAAUACCGGCAUCUAACAUCUUCUCCAUCAAAGAAAAACUAUCACCCGAGGAAGCAGCGGACGAAUAUGAGCAACGGCUUAAACACUUGGUAGCAAACAAUACACUAAAAACAUCACCAACUACAGGUUUUGCUAAAUUCGACCUGAUGUUAGUCGGAAUGGGUCCAGAAGGCCACGUUGCAUCGCUCUUCUGCUGGUAUUUUCAGCGGUUUGAGAAGACAAAAUGGGUGACUUUCAUAACAGAUUCACCCAAACCACCACCUCCUAGGAUCACUUUCACUUUACCAUUGAUCAAUUCUGCUGAUCAUAUCGCAAUGGUAGUGACUGGAGAAGAUGCAGCCGAUGCAGUGAAGGUGGCAUUGGGGAAACAUGCUGCUGAUUAUUACCCGUUGCCGGUGCAGAAGGUUUCACCUGAAGAAAAUCUCACAUGGUUCUUGGAUAAAGAGGCUGCUUCAGAGCUUUAAGUAAACUUAUACCGAUUAGUGAUGAUGAUAUUUGAUAUGCUUUCUUUCUGUUUCAAUAAAGCAUGAUGUGUUAUGGAAUA